GUCAGUGACCAUACUUUUGGUCGCUACUGUGCGUUUGAAUUUUAAAUUUUUCGGCUAGCGGUACACAAUAUGUGCAUUGGUGCAUAUUAACAAAUACAUGCAUACGUGCUGCCGCUAGCCAAGCACUUUCCAAUAAAUCCUGGAAUAUUCAACAGCUCUGGCAGCCCAAAGCCAGAAUAUUCCCGGACAGUUCGUCAACCAUCUUGAGAGCGACAACAUAAAAAUCAUCGAGUGCCCCGUGAAGCGACAAGUGCCCGCGAAAAUCAUCGACAAGUGCCCAGUGAAGAAAGAAGUGACAUUUUAUUUUAUUUUUUAAAAUUACAUUACACAACAUUACAUUAUAAAAAAAACAACAUUAACAUUGUACAAACACCAAACAAAUUGAAUUACAAAAUUGUACAUAAUUAACAUAAAAUAAAUUCUAAAUUAGACAAAUCAAUUUACAACAAACAAAAAUUAUACAUUAAACGAAUGAAACAAUUGUACAUACACACAAACAACAAAGAAUUGAAUACCAAUAAAACAACACAUGAAAUAAAAUUACAAAUCCAAUCCAAUAAAUUAUACAAAAAGGUUAAAGAAAAAUAACAAGCAGCAAGCAAAACGACAAUUAAAAAGACACAACGGUUCGGGUAUAACAAACAAAAACCAACAAAACAACCCAGACUCAACAGAAGGAAGAACAAGAACCGAGGGGUAACACAACACAUUCCCAACUUUACAAAGAGAGGCAAAAUGGCAGCAUAUUUACCAGUCCAGAAUUGGAGAGACGAAGAGAGCCCAAGACGCCCUGAAAGGAGAGAAUCCCGUCGCUUAAUUGCAGAAAGAAGCCCGCAACGCCCCGACCGCAACCCACAUCCACCAGAAGCCCACCCAGCCCGCGAACCAGCACCAGUACCCAAUAGAAGCAACCCAGCCCGACACUUCGAACGCCGCCCGAGUCCUGAUCGCAGUCACCGUAGCCGUUCUGAAAAUAGACCAGCCCCCAGAGCUAGAGGAGCACGGCCAGGCCAUUGGCAAUACUCCUGCGGACUGUGUCAGCAGGACCAUGCUCUGAGCUCGUGCCAGCGGUUUAAAGACCAAACUCCGUAUCAGAGAUACGAAACCACUGAGCGGCGGGGAUACUGUCGAAACUGUCUGGCACGAUCGCAUUUGGCCCCCGAUUGUCCAUGCAUUACGGGUUGCCGACGAUGCGAUUAUAGACACCACACCAUGCUACAUGGGGCGCCACAGCUCGAGGAUAGCCUACAGCCCGCUCAAAUAAACGAGCCGCCUUUUUCGUGGGAUCUCGUCUUUGUACCCACUGUCAUGCUGCGAGUUACCACCGAAGAUAUAGACACCCACUAUACGAUACGGGCGUUGCUGAGUAAGUCAGCUGUAAUGUCCCGCAUAGGGUACUCUACCUUCCAACGGAUGGGUCUGAGGUCAUUUUUAUACCAAGAUCGUCGAUUUACGACCUUCAAAAUAAUGAGCCGGCGAUCUAAUUCAACAUGGGCGCUGAAGGUCAAUGCUCUUGUGACAGAUGAGCUGCCGAGACGAAUUUAUUCAGACCCCAUACUAGAUGACCCAACCUCAUAUUUUACACAGCAAGCACUUGCGGACCCAGACCCUAGAAGCAAUGUACCCAUAGACUUGGAAUUAGGCGCAGACACGUAUUCUGCCAUAAGAAAAGAUGGAUGUACCGCGGCUGGAGUGGGUGAUGUUCAGGCGUACAACACUAACCUGGGAUAUGUCUUCGCUGGACCAAUUAGGAACAUGCCAUCGAUGUGAAAAGACGCAUAUUAGCACGGAGUCAUGGGGGCGGAGAAUGUAUGGUCAGUGACCAUACUUUUGGUCGCUACUGUGCGUUUGAAUUUUAAAUUUUUCGGCUAGCGGUACACAAUAUGUACAUUGGUGCAUAUUAACAAAUACAUGCAUACGUGCUGCCGCUAGCCAAGCACUUUCCAAUAAAUCCUGGAAUAUUCAACAGCUCUGGCAGCCCAAAGCCAGAAUAUUCCCGGACAGUUCGUCAACCAUCUUGAGAGCGACAACAUAAAAAUCAUCGAGUGCCCCGUGAAGCGACAAGUGCCCGCGAAAAUCAUCGACAAGUGCCC